AUGUCACAGCUGAUGACGACUCGUUCAUGGAUGUCCCUUGUGCACGUGUGCCAAUAUACUGAGGUAGCAACAAAUAGCACAGAGCCUGCUGUGUUGGACUUUGGCCAAAUUGUGGAUGCUCUCAUGGUUGGCGAGAGGGGCACACUGGCUCUGUACAACAUGACGCUGCAAAACGCCGCUCCAAGGAACAUUCUGAAAACUGAUAGCCACGCCCGCUACAAGAUCAUUCCAUUCGGUCCUUGGCCCUCCCUCACAGUACUACCCAAUGCCACGGUAAUUUUGAACAGGACUCGCAACACGUACGACAGCGAGCCGCAGUGGAAUCAGUGCCUGGACUUCCAGAACCAGUUUCGAAACUAUGCGUCCUCAUGGGCGCCGACUGACAAGCUUCUCGAUGUUGGGAAUGACACCCUCUACAUCUCUGGGGCCUACACUCGCUUCACACGCAUCGUGGACCUGGUGAUAAAUGACACUGUGGGAUUUGCUGAAGUUGUCAGCAUCGACAAUUCUAUCCUCUGUCGGCCCAAUGCGCCGUUGCCGACAGCGCUCGCUCCAGCCCCUGGCCCUGGUGUGGUUGCCACGGCUGCAGGCAACUCAGAGGGCAGCAGCGGGGGGCAGUCAAAAGUGACGUGGUGGAUCAUUGCCGUCGCUGUGAUCGCGGGCGUUGCAGCAAUCGCUACUGGGAUCCUUGCUGCUUUCCUGGUCAAGCGCAAGAGGAGCCCCAGAGAGGAGCCUCCCAAGGCCCCUGAGCCCCUGCUCAAGGAUGACCACUUCUCAGAGCGCAUGUCAGCGUCCGUUCGUUCCAGGUCACUGCCGCGCGGCUACUCGGGGGAUGUGGACAGCAUCAGUGCCAGGGAUGAAGAGCGCCUGACAGAGGAUGAGGAUCGGCUGUCAGAGCUGCCAUCCUCCAACAAAGGCAAGAGCCUUACUAACCUGCUGAGCCUGCCCGAGACGCUGCGUCAGCGCUCCUCCUGCAUGGUGGACAGCCUGGAAUUGGGAACGCCCCUGGGCAGAGGCUCCUAUGGCAAGGUCUACAAGGGCUCUGAAUGCUAUGGUUUUGGGGGUGCAACAGGGAAGUGGAAGGGGGUGACUGUGGCAGUGAAGAUUGUGGAGCACAAUGCAGAGACUGAGAGCGAGCUGGUGCAGCUGAGGGAGUCCCUGCUCAGCUCAUCUGUUGUGCAUCCCAAUGUGAUUGCCACCUACAAAGUGCGCACGGUUCGUGUGGUGGACGAGAGAGCGGUGAACGAUUCGGCAAAUGAUGGCAGCGGGCAUGUCACAAGGCCAGCCAACCCUCCAAAGAUGGAUUCGUCUUUGGAGUCAACAAAGGGGCCGGAGGUUGAUGGAGGCAGCCAGGACAUGAGGGAGACCUGGAUGCUUUUGGAAUAUGCUGACAGGGGAAAUCUGGACAGGGCCCUCGUGCACAAGAAGCUCAUGCUGGACAAUGGCUGCCUCGACAUGGAUGCUGUCUGCAGGUGCCUCAUUGACAUUGCAGCGGGCAUGGACUACCUGCACUCUCUGGGAGUCCUUCAUGGUGACUUGAAGGGCGCCAAUGUCCUUCUGAAAUCAACAAAUGACGACCCCAGAGGCUACACAUGCAAGCUAGCGGACUUCGGCCUGAGUCGCGUGCUGGAGACACAUGCCACGCAUGUCAGCACAAAGACUUACGGGACCCUCGCAUACAUGCCAGCUGAGCUUCUGCAGGAUGGCAGGAUGAGCCGCGCAGCCGAUGUGUACUCUUUUGCAAUGAUCAUGUGGGAGCUGUUUGCUUGCAAGCGCCUCUACGAGGGCCACAUUGCCAGCCAGGUGUUCUUUAAGGUGCUGAUGGGGUGCCGGCCGAACAUGCCGGAGAGCAUGCCGGAGGGCUUCCGCAAGCUCAUGAUGGACUGCUGGGACACCGACGCAACCAAGCGGCCACCCUUUGAGGAAGUGCACCGCAGGCUGCAGCUGCUGCACGAGGAUGUGAUGGCCAAUCCGCCGGCGGCGGCAAGUGUCCCGGUGGCCACUGCGGUGUCAGAGAGCCCGGCAGCUUCCAGCGGUAGCGGGGGCAACCAGCCGGCCCUGCCCGGCUGGGAGGAGCGCAUCAUGUCGGCCGUCAACACCCCGGCGGGCUCGCAGCUCGCGCUGCAGGCUGGCCAGUUUUGCAGCCGGGAGCAGCAGCAGGGCGACUCAGCGACGUCGCGGUCGAUCAGCCUUGGAGAGACCAGCAGCUACAGCCAAAGCCUGCAGAAGCUCGAGUCCGGGAUCCUCCCGCAGGUGUUCAGCACGCGGGACAGCUAUGAUGCUCCUGGCGGCUUUGGCAGUGUCCCCCGCUCGCAGGAGGAGCGGAACCCCAUGCACGCUGCGCUGGCCGCUCAGGCAAUCACCGCGCAGGUGAUGUCGCUGCACAGCACCCCAGUUGGCAGCGCAGCGGACCCCCCGGGCUCGCAGGGGGGCACCGCGGCCGGCGGGCGGCCGGCGGCGCUGGACCGGCGGGUGAGCUUCCGGGACGGCGGCCACCCCGUUCCCGGCGUGCUGACGUGGCGGCCCCCCGCCUCGCGGUCCACCAGCGAUCUCGUCGGCGGCGUUCCCUCUGGGGGGUCCCCCCAGGUGCUGGGCAUGCUUCCGGCCCUGUCCGCCGAAUACUUCCAGCAGCCGUCGCCAAACCAGCACCCCGCCACAGUCAGGAGUGCCUUUGCAGACGCUGCGCAGGCGCCUUCGAAUUCGAAUCCAAGGCCGCAGCUGGGGACGCGCGCGCUCCCCGGCUCGGCGGCGGAGGUGGAGAUGGUGGAGCAUGCGGGGGAGACCGGGGGGUCCGACAAUGCCACAGCCUCUCAGGGCGACGGCCUGCCCAUGCCCGACGUCGUUGCCGAGUGGUUCAAAACGGCGUCGUUUAGAAACGAAGCCGCGGCGAUGCAGCAGCCCAUCAAUGUCAAGGAUGAUGCGGAAGGCGGCGAUUUUGCUGAGAGCAUGCCACUGGAACUUGGGCGGAACAGGCGGCGACAUCAGUGA